AUGGAUAGACGAUCCUUUCAUAGAUUAUGUCAAGUUCUUGUGACUAGAGGACAUCUACGAGCUACUCGAAAUGUGUCUAUAGAGGAGAUGGUUGCAUUUUUUCUAUACAUUCUUGCACACCAUCUUAAGAAUCGCACAAUCAACCACCACUUUAGAAGGUCUGGUCGAACAAUUAAAUUGUUAGGUGCACUAGAUGGAACACCUGUUAAGGUGCAUGUACCAGAAUGUGAUAAACCAAAGUACGGAACAAGGAAAAAUGAAAUAGCAACGAAUGUUUUAGGAGUCUGCACUCCGGACAUGCAGUUUAUAUAUGUUUUACCUGGAUGGGAAGGGUCCGCACAUGAUGGUCGAGUUCGUAGAGAUGCUGUGACUAGGAGAAAUGGAUUGAAAGUCCCUAAUGGUUGUUACUAUUUGGUUGAUGGUGGCUACACAAAUGGAAAAGGUUUUCUUGCACCUUAUAGGCGAACCCGUUAUCAUUUGAAUGAGUGGAGAGAUGGUUAUCGUCCUACAACACCGGCUGAGUUUUUUAAUAUGAAACACUCAAGUGCUCGGAAUGUCAUUGAAAGGUGUUUUGGGCUAUUGAAAAUGCGUUGGGGAAUCCUUAGGAGCCCAUCCUAUUACCACAUUAAGACAUAUCGUCGCAUAAUUUCAGUGUGUUGUAUGCUCCAUAAUUUUAUAAAGAGGGAGAUGGUUGUAGAUCCUAUAGAAGCCGAUGCGGAUGGGCAAUUUCAAGAUGGGAAUUCAGAUGCAAAUAACUAUAUUACCACUGUUGAGUCCUCAGAUGAGUGAACUGCAUGGAGGGAUAACCUUGCCCAAGAAAUGUGGAACAAUAGGGCGGUUCAUUGAGUCGGUGUUUGAUGUGUUUGUAAUCAUAAUCAUUUGGAAUGCUUAUGUCUAAUACUGUUUGUGUAAUAACAUUUGGAAUGUUGUAUUUGUUUCUAAGUUAAGAAAGA